GCAUUGUCGAUAAACCGGUUCGGAGUAGGAAAGCUCUUAUCUAAACGUAUGUUCACUAGUAAAAAAGUGGGACUGAAGCAGGGAGAUUUAUUACUUGACCAAGCUUUUAAUUAUUCACCUUUACCUUUUCGCGUGUAAAAGAAAAACAGCUUUCAGUAGAGGGCGCGCGCAAAACGUCAAACUUAAUAACGUCACACCUUGCGCGAAGCGAACGCAAAUCACAAUUGAGGAUUAUGACAUCAUUACGGAAGACAACAUCGACAGUUUUAUAGUGCGGUUUGCUUUGACGGAAAUCACGCAAAAGAUGGAAACCUUAGAAAAUAAUGACUACUUUGAGACAGACUGGUUAACAAUGAAAAUACCAGACGAAGCCCUUGACGCCAAGUACAAAGAGAACAAAGAAUUGCACCGAGCUACUGAAGAUCUAGCAAACAGCGCAAGGGAGAAGAUUGUCACAAGUUUUCAAAUCAAGCAUGCGUGUACCGAGGCACGUGAUCAAUGGUCGCGGUGCGCUACGCGGGGAAUCGUCACAGAGAUUCAGCGUGAAGUCCGUGAUUAUAUCAAGUUCCUCCAGAAGGAUUUCGACAAGAUCCGCGACCGGCUCUGCGGGCAAAUAAACUAUGAGCACAAGGCCAAUCUUGCAAAAAUCCAGCACGAAACACGACAAGAAACCACAGAAAAGCUAACUCAGCUAUAUUCUGAACAACUUAUACGCUGUAAAUUUUGUGCUGCCUGUGGCAAGGCAGACGGAAAGAAGACUGGGUCAGGUAGUUUGAUGGUGUGUAGCGGUUGUUUGGAUUGUUGGUAUUGUGACCGUGGGUGUCAAUUGAGGGACUGGGAAAGACAUAAUGUCGAUUGCAAGUUCUAAGAUAUGAUUUAAACAAAUAAUUACAAAAAAUUAAGACUCAUACUAUUCCAAUUAAAUAUUUGUACGUA